GGAUGCGGCCCCGCCCCGCCCCACCGCGCCCCACCGCGUCCCACCCACCGUCGCACUGAUUGGCUGCUGCGGAGAGGCGCAGUUUCCGCUUCUUCCGCUGGGCUGCCGGGGGCUCUUUCCCGCGCAGUCCGGUUCCAGGCGUCUCACACGGCAGCGGGGCUAGAGGCGUUCCAGAGCCAGGUGCCAGCACCCUGAGGGCCCGGUGACCCAGAGGCUGUUUGUCCUACUGAGAAGCACCUGUGGUUUUGUUUCUCCGCUCAGCAAAAUUAUGGAAGCAGGUUGCCUUGGCCAGCUGUUCGUUGGUGGGCUCACUAGAGAAGCCACGGAAGAGACGCUAAAAGCAGUAUUUGAGAGACAUGGUCCCGUUUCUGAAGUUGUCUUGAAGAAAGAUGGAAGCAUGAAGUGCAGAGGCUUCGGGUUCAUUACUUUUGAGAACCCUGCAGAUGCUGAACUUGCUGCCAGCGAGUGGAAUGGAAAGUUUGUGGAUGGAAAAACAAUGAAAGUAGAACAAGCCAAGGAACCGUUUUUUCAAAGUGGUGGCAGGCAGGGAACACUGCGUUUUUCAAGAAAGAGGAGACCCACAGGAGAGCAGAGAUCUGCAAGUAGAAGUAGAGGACAGACGAGACGUCGGCAUCCCUCACGUGGAGAACGCUUGGGUAACGUUAUAAAAUAUAAAGUCGGAAGCACAGGACUGAAAGACAAAAAGCUUGAAAAUGUGGAAAUUUCUGAAAUUUAUUUAUAUCCUUUAUGA